AAAUUAUACAUUCUGUGGAAAAUCUCGGAAGGACUUAAUUCCAUUCAUAAUAAAAAUUUUAUACAUGGAGAUUUUCAUAGCAGAAAUAUAUUAUCAUCACCAUAUCAAUCAUGGUUAAUUUCUGAUUUAGGGUUAUCACAACAUGUAGAAAAAGAUGAUGAUACUACAAUUAAUGAGGUAUAUGGAAUAAUACCUUAUAUAGCACCAGAAAUAUUUAAAGGUGCUAGAUUUUCAAAAGCUUCUGAUGUAUACAGUAUGGGCAUGAUUAUGUGGGAACUUACAACAGGUUGUAGACCUUUUACCAAUGUUAAACAUGAUCAUGAACUUAUUUAUAAUAUUAUUGAUGGAAAACGGCCUGAAAUUACAAAUGAUACUCCUGAAUGCUAUUGUGAUUUAAUGAAUAGAUGUUGGGAUUCCAACCCUUCAAAAAGACCUUCUAUAACUGUGAUUACAGAAACUGCUUAUAAUUGGUAUGUUAAAAAUAAAUAUUCAAAACAAAUUCAACAAGCUGAAGAAAUAAGAAUAGAGUUAAUAAAAUCAAAAAAGCUUGGCCCUGAAUUUGUUAAAUCUCAUUCCAAAACAACCAUUACAAGUAAAUCUUUGGAUUCUUUUAUUUCAAAACCUUCAAAUUUAUCUUCAAUUUCAUUCAAUAUAAAACAUGAAUACAUAUCAUCAGAAUUUGAAUUAGAUAUUAAUAUUCAAAGUUUAUCAUUACAAAAUAAGAAUUCUAAUAUUUUAAGUAAAUCAAUUCC